AUGUCCGGUGUUAGCAAGGCCUGCUGCCAGAUCCCCCCUAUCGUCGCCCAGGGCUACCAGGGCAAGGGUGAAUACAAGACCAUCAAUGGCUUGAAGACGUACGUUACUGGUCCUGAGUCCGCCUCCAAGGCUAUCCUCGUCAUCUAUGAUAUCUUCGGUUUCUUCCCCCAGACCAUCCAAGGAGCCGACAUCCUGGCCAACUCCAACGAGCAAAAGUACCGUGUCUUCAUGCCCGACUUCUUCGAGGGCCAGCCCGCCGACAUCACCUGGUUCCCCUCUCAAACCGACGACCACAAGCAGAAGCUCGGCAACUUCUUCCAGACCAAGGCCGCUCCCCCGAACACCCUCUCCAAGAUCCCCAAUGUCGUGGCCGAAGCCAACAAGCUCUCCACCAGCGGCAGCUUCGACUGGUCCAUCCUGGGCUACUGCUGGGGUGGUAAGAUUACUGCUUUGUCCUCCGGCCAGGACAACAAGCUCUUCAAGUCUGCUGUGCAGUGCCACCCCGCCAUGGUUGACCCCAACGAUGCCAAGGCCGUGAACAUCCCCAUGGCUGUCUUGGCCUCCAAGGAUGAGGUUCCCAAGGACAUCGAGGCGUUCAAGGCCAACCUCAAGACUCCGAACCACGUCGAGACCUUCCCCACCCAGAUCCACGGCUGGAUGGCUGCUCGUUCGAACUUGGAGGACGCCGAGGUGCGCAAGGAGUACGAGCGUGGCUACAAGACCGUGCUUGACUUCUUCCACAAACACGCUUAA